CAAUGUCUGUCAGCCCGCUGGUAUGCGCGGCUCACACUGUACAGCCCCCCAGCUCGAGCGGACGCACACACAGAGCUCCGUAUUCUAACUUUAACAUUGUUUUUCUUCUGCUUUCUUUGAUAAUUAUCAACGAGCACAUUGGAUUUAGUCCUGUCAGGUAACCCUGCUUCAGGAUGACGACACCCUCCACUAUCUCCACCCUCCUCUUCACCUCCCUGGCCCCACUGGCCUCCCCAGGGAAGGGUAUGGGAGUGAUGGAGCUCAACGUCACCUCCUGUGAGGACUGGGAGCAGGCUCAUCACCUGCUCUUCCACCUGGGGAACCUGUCUCUGCUGGUGGGGCUGGUCAUCCCCACCACCCUGGCCCUGCAUAUGAUCCUGCUCCGCUUCCUGCUGAUGACAGGAUGUUGUCUCUUCAUCGCCUGGGCAACGCUGUACAGGUGCAACCUGGACGUGAUGGUGUGGAACGUGGUGUUUCUGAUGGUCAACUUCAUGCACUUCUUCUACCUGCUCUACAAACGCAGACCAAUCAAGAUCGACCGGGAGUUGAGGUCGGUGUACAAGCGCAUGUUCGAGCCCCUCCACGUGCGCGAGGCCUUGUUCCAGCGGCUCACCGGACAGUUCUGCACCAUCCAGACCCUGAAGAAGGGCCAGGUGUACGCGGCCGAGGACAAGACCUCCGUGGACGAACGCCUCAGCAUCCUGCUCAAAGGAAAAAUGAAAGUAUCAUACAGGGGCCAUUUCCUCCACAACAUCUACACCAACGCCUUCAUCGACUCCCCCGAGUUCAGAUCAACCCAAGUGAACAGAGGUGAAAGGUUCCAGGUGACCAUCAUGGCAGAGGAGAACUGUAAGUUCCUGUGCUGGUCCAGGGAGAGACUCACCUACUUUCUGGAGUCUGACUCCUUCCUGAAUGAGGUGUUCAAGUAUCUCAUAGGCAAAGACAUCACCAACAAACUCUACUCUCUCAACGACCCCACACUCAGUGACAAGGCGGUGAAGCAGAUGGAUCGUCAGCCCAGCCUGUGCUCUCAGCUGUCCAUGAUGCAGAUGAGAAACAGCAUGGCCAGCACCAGCGACACGGACGACGUCCUUAACCAGAUCCUGAGAGGCGGCUCUGCUGGGUCCUCGCUCCCUGUGACUCAGACCACCCUCUCAGACCACGCCAUGCCCUGACGGGGGUAGAGAUCUCCCGCCACCAAGGCCUCCGAAAAAAUGAAACCCAUCGAGGAGGACAUGGAGGACGACGUCUUUGAGACGGAUUGUUCCUCCAACUCCCGCUACAUCCCCAGGACGGCCCCAGAGGAGGUGUAGCAGGCCUGGGGACCCCCCUCUCACCUGGAACCCUGUCCCCUCUCCACCCUCACCCGGAACCCUGUCCCCUCUCCACCCUCACCCGGAACCCUGUCCCCUCUCCACCCU